UUUAACUAAGUAAUAAGUAUAGUUUAUAGUUUAUAAUAAUUAAUACACAGAAAUAGAAUAAUGGCUUUUACAUUAUUAUUUAUUAUUUAUAAUAUUCUGUUGGUGUGUUUGUGCGUCUGUAUAUUCAGUUUCGAUUCAAACCGCAUUGGUGUAAGGUGUAUUUUGUUUUUGUGCAAUGUGAAUAAUAAAUUAAUAAUAACGAGAAAAUCACUCGUGGCUUACUACAAACUUAUGAACAGAAACAUAGUUGUAAUUUCUUGUACAAAGACGAAAGACUGUUGGACAAAAUUGAAACACAGUGGGACGAUUUUCUCGUAGUUUGUGUGAAAUUUCAGUUGGUUUGUAAAACAAGUCCCUUCUGGCUGACGAUCGCCUUUGUUGAAAAAUGAAUGAGCUUCACAUGAAUUCAAAAAACGAGAUCAAGAAAGUGAAGAAAAAUUUGGACAUCAUUUGUGGUAUUUCAUCUGAAGAGAAAAAAAAACAAAUACAUGAACACUUGAUAAACCAUAUAACCGCUUUCAUUGAUGAUAUAGUUUUAGAAUCUAACAAAGAUAAACAAAAUAUUAUCAAAAAAAUUGAAGAUUUAUUGGUUGAAAAAGAUAUUUUGGAAAAGGAACUUCAGAUGAGCAUUCUUGUUGAUGAUCAUAAUAAUGAUGCCACGCCCUUGAUUGAUGUUCAAAUAAAUAUUGCUAAAGCGUUGAAGGGAUGUAGAAAAAUCAAAGAAGAAUGUAUGAAAGAAUUAAAAAGACUUCAAGAUAAUGGAUUGAAAAAUGUGGACAAACAACUUGUGGCUAACUACAAACUUAUAAACAGAAAAAUAGUUGUCAUUUCUUUUACAAAGACGAAAAACUGUUGGACAUAAUUGAAUCACAGUGGGACGAAAUGAAAAACAAUACAAAAUCUCCACUGAAUAUAAAGCCUAAAACUCAAGUUUUAAAUAAAGUUCAAUUUACACAAGCUGUUGCUAACAACAAAAGGAACAUAGCCACAAUAUCUGGAAACCACGCAUUUAAGGUCCGUAAAUGAGCAUGGACCAUGAAGCAGCUCUGCCUAGUAUAACACCCAGAAGGGACUUGUUUUCUGAAAACACAAAUGUCGCUGUAUUGGUACCAUCAUAUUCUACAAAUUUAUGACAGACAUUUUACACAAACCAACUGAAAUUUCACACAAACUACGAGAAAAUCAUCCCACUGUGUUUCAAUUUUAUCCAACGGUCUUUCGUGUUUGUACAAGAAAUGAUAACCAUUUUUUUGUUCAUAAGAUUGUACUAAGCUACAAGUGAUUUUCUCGUAUUUUGUGAAAUAUUCACAUUGCACAAUAAACAAAAUACACCUUAUACCAGUACGCUUUGAAUCGAAACUGGAAAUACACACGGGCAAACUCAUUUUUAAUAAAUAAUCAGGGUUUUUGUAUAAAUUUUUUAUUUUUUUGUCAAUAUGAUUUCGUUAAAAUUGUUUUUUUGUAUUUGAUUUCUGGAUACUAACGUAGCUUGUUUAAUGUGUAUAUUAAUAACUUUUUUAAAGUUUUAUGUUAUGAGACUUAUCACUAAUGUUCAAUCAACUAUUCUUUGUAUUUAAGUAUAUUGUGAAUCUAAUGUUUGUUUUUUAUUAUAAAUACAAAUUGUAAGUUUAAUAUUGGA